CACGCAGUCGCUCACUGACCGUCGCUAAUACAGAAGUCAAGGUCAGUCACUCACAGGCGUCAUAGGCAGACACAGUGUCCGAUGUCUUGGCGUGCGGUGAAAGAGAGAGUGGUUUUAUACUACUCUUUGAUGACAAGCAAGCAGAAGUGCCUGGCUGUCACCACGGUCGUGUUGGUGGCCGUCGUGUCCCCGGUCAUCGCCAUCAGCGCCUUCACCUUUCCCUUAUUCGGCACCAGCAACAACCAAAACGUGAAACAGGUCUCCUUGGACGGCGCUUCGCUUCAGGAGCAGAAUGAGAACGGCGUGAUUUCCGGAACCUGCUCCUUUGAGGAUGAAUCGGGAAGGACUAUCGAGAUAUCUUACACGAAGGACCAAUACGGGAGUGUGAACGCGAGAAGUCCGGGCGUGCGGGACCCAAAUGCGGCAUACCAGGCCUGCAUAAGGAAGGUUGAGGAACUGAAGAGGCAGCAGUUAGAGGCUGCAGGAGUAGGAAAUUUCACAUUCACCCUGGGACAUAAUAGAGGACAGAGUUCAUUCAAUACUGGAAGAUACCCAAGCCAGAGUCAAGGCGCUGGGCAGAACUCGCACAACACUGGAAGAUACCCAAGCCAAAGUCAGGGAGCUGGGCAUAAUUCCUACAACACUGGGAGAUACCCAAGCCAGAGUCAAGGAGCUGGGCAUGAUUCUUACAACACUGGGAGAUACCCAAGCCAGAGUCAGGGAGCUGGGCAUGAUUCUUACAACACUGGAAGAUACCCAAGCCAGAGUCAGGGAGCUGGGCAUGAUUCCUACAACACUGGGAGAUACCCAAGCCAGAGUCAAGGAGCUGGGCAUGAUUCCUACAACACUGGGAGAUACCCAAGCCAGAGUCAAGGAACUGGGCAUAAUUCUUACAACAUUGGGAGAUACCCAAGUCAAAAUCAAGGAGCUGGACAUGAUUCUUACAACACUGGGAGAUACCCAAGCCAGAGUCAGGGAGCUGGACAGAACUCGCACAACACUGGAAGAUACCCAAGCCAGAGUCAGGGAGCUGGGCAUGAUUCUUACAACACUGGGAGAUACCCAAGUCAAAAUCAAGGAGCUGGACAUGAUUCUUACAACACUGGGAGAUACCCAAGCCAGAGUCAAGGAGCGGGGCAUAAUUCUUACAACACUGGAAGAUACCCAAGUCAAAAUCAAGGAGCUGGACAUGAUUCUUACAAUACUGGGAGAUACCCAAGCCAGAGUCAGGAAGCUGGGCAUAACUCUCACAACAGUGGGAGAUACCCAAGUCAAAAUCAAGGAUCUGGACAGAACUCGCACAACACUGGAAGAUACCCAAGCCAGAGUCAGGGAGCUGGGCAUAAUUCUUACAACACUGGGAGAUACCCAAGCCAGAGUCAGGGAGCUGGGCAUGAUUCUUACAACAGUGGGAGAUACCCAAGUCAAAAUCAAGGAGCUGGACAGAACUCGCACAACACUGGAAGAUACCCAAGCCAAAGUCAGGGAGCUGGGCAUGAUUCUUACAACAGUGGGGGAUACCCAAGCCAGAGUCAAGGAGGAUCUCAGGCCUCCGGCAGGGAUAGAAGUUCUUCAAGCCAACACGAAGACUCUGCUCAAAGCUCCUACAACAGAAAUCCACACAAAUUCUCCAGCCGUGUUUCGACCACAACACAGACCUACGAUAGACAGAACUCCCCACCGAUAGGCCAAAGUGUGACACGUCCUUCACAAGGUGGAAGCUCCCAGCCCAACCGUGCUCCAGCCACAACACUAACCUACGACAGACAGAACUACCCACCCCAAGGCCAGAGUGUAACACGACCUGCAUAUGGGGGAAACAUCUCUCCUAACCAUGCUCAAGCAACCACGCAAUCCUUUGCAGAUAACGAGGGAGCGUCCCGGUCACCCCUCGGCAGUGUAGAGACGACGCAGCCUUCGCCCUUUCCAAGCCUCAGUGGCACAGCGAGCCAGAGCUCAUCUUCGGGGAAUAACCCCGGCCAGAUCCAAAUGGUGUUCCAGACAUCCCGUGGAAGCUCUGUGCAGUUUCAGGAGAAUGCCAACAGGGGAGUAACUACAGGACAGUGCUCUUAUGUAGACUGGCGCGGCCGCACCAUAAAGAUCAGUUACACCAAGUAUGCUAACGGAAGAGUUGAUGUAGUCACGGACCCUGAAGUGUGGCAGCCAAAGAGAGCCUACCGCACCUGCAUCAGCAAGGCAAAGGAGGAGGAAGAGAGGCUGAAUAGCGAAAUGGCUGAGAUCGAAUCUGACAUUCGCCAGCAACAGCAGGAUGUGGAGUCCGAGGUUGCCCGUCAGGAAUAGGAAGCAUUCGGACGUGGUGGUUAAUAAAGAAGAAAAUAUGCCUACUGAGACCCAACUUGGAUGCGGACACUUACUGUAUAGCCAUAAACCUGUGCCUACGCCCCCCUCCCCCCUCUCUCUCUCUCUCUCUCUCCCCAUUGGCAUAAGGACUGACUGUAUCUCCUUCAUAAAUUUUCUUUCUUUAAGAUCUACCCUCUUUUCCUUUCUUGUGUUUUGAACGGGGAGUUCACAAAGCAUGAUAAAAUGGCUGUUCUUUAUAGGAAUGCAAAAAAAUAAAGGAUAUUUGAAUAUA